AUGUCGAGCUCGACCGGCAGGCAGCAGCAGCCCCAGACUGGAACUACAGGAGGUACUACACCCACGCAGCCGGAGCAGACAGAUUGGAGGUCACUUGCGGACGCCGGUGCGAAUAUACCCAACACUUUGUACGCCUCCAGAGCAGAUGCGACUUACGAUGAAGAAGCUAACAACAUGUGGAAGAAAUGUUGGGGCCUGUGCAAGAAGAUGUGGCAAAUCACCAUCGUCGUGUUUGUCGUGGUCAAUGCCAUUAUGCUGCCAUAUUUAGCAGUUGUAAGCACCGUGAACUAUGAAGAGAUUUUCAAGCUGAACAGUAAGACUGGGAAGACUGAACUGCGUCUAGCUGAGCUAAUCCGAUCGAAUGGACUUCGGGGCCCUCCAGGGGAAAUGGGACCAAUAGGGCCGGCUGGUCCUCCCGGACCUCCAGCAAAUAUGGGACCGAAAGGGCCCGCUUGCCCUUGCUCUAUUGGCCCUCCCGGUGAAAAGGGAACCACGGGGCCAGCCGGCCCUCCAGGAGAAAAGGGGGCCAGGGGGCCAGUCGGGCCUGUGUCUGUCGGGCCUCGUGGACCCCAAGCAAAUAUGGGGCCGAUAGAGCCAGCUGGCCCUGGGCCUAUCGGGCCUCCUGGCCCUCCUGGUAAAAAGGGGCCUAUGGGGCCGACUGGCCCUCCGGGAAAAAAGGGGUCCGUGGGGCCUUCAGGAGAAAAGGGAGCCACGGGGCCCGCUGGCCCUCCAGGAGAAGAGGGGCCCAUAGGGCCACCUGGUCCUUGGUCUGUUGGACCUCCUGGCCCACCUGGUGAAAAGGGGCCUAUCGGGCCUCCUGGCCCUCCUGGUAAAAAGGGGGCCAUGGGGCUAGCUGGCUCUUGCUCUGUUGGGCCCCCUGGCCCACCUGGUGAAAAGGGCUCCAUAGGGCAGGCUUGCCCUGGGCCUAUCAUCCAGACAUCCAGAAAAGGGGGUAAUUACACAUCCCUUUAG